UUGUGUUAGUAGACAGAUGUAAGAUUAACUAACACAGUAAAAUACAUUAACAGUGAUAUUGAAAUAGGACUUAAGCAUUAUACCAAAUUAUACUGUGAUCUAUGAUCUACGAAUAGAAAAUCAUUCAAAAUUCCAUUUAUUUAUGUUUAUGUAGGUAUUUGCUUUUAUUUUUGACAAUCAACAAAACCUAACAAUAACUGUCAAUAACAUAAACCAAUCAACAAAUAAUUAAGUCUGUCAUACCACGAUACCAGACAGUAGGUUAUUUGUGUUUAAUAGUAAAAAAAAAGAAGAAGAGAUUAACCUAAAACUGAUUCCAUGCUGGUAAAAAACAACAAAUUUUCUUUAAAAUCUUCAAAUAAACAAAAAGUUUCUAAAUUAAUUUAGUAUGCCUAUUAAAAAAGGCAACACGCUGCUUUAUAAGGGCAGCAACUACUUAAGACAAAGAUUAAUUCUCUCAGUUUUAAGUGGAAAACCUGUUCAAAUAUCUGAAAUACGAAUACAAGAAGAUGAACCAGGCUUAAGAGAGUUCGAAGUUAGUUUAAUAAGAUUAUUAGAUAAAGUUACAAAUGGUACAGUCAUCGAAUUAAAUGAAACAGGAACAUCAUUAUAUUUUCAACCUGGUCUGCUUUAUGGAGGUGAAAUAGAGCAUGACUGUUGUACAGAUAGAGCUAUAGGAUACUACUUAGAAGCUUUGGUGAUGUUUGGUAUAUUUUGUAAACAACCUGUAAAAGCCAAACUAAAAGGAGUUACAGCCAAUAAUAUAGAUCCCUCAGUAGACCUCAUAAAAACGUCUAUGAUUCAAACAUUGAAAAGAUUCGUAUUGGAUGAUGACGAUUUAGACCUGAAAAUUUCCAAGAGGGGCUCGAGGCCACUGGGGGGAGGUGAAGUAACAUUCAGAUGCCCAGUUCGAAAACAGACGAGGCCUGUUCAAUUGUUGAAGAAUGGAAUGGUUAAAAGGAUAAGAGGUACAGCCUAUGCCUUAAGAGUGUCUCCUGCUAUAGCUAACAGAAUGGUAGAUAAAGCGAAGGGUGUUCUCUUAAAUUUUAUUCCAGAUGUUUAUAUAAAUACAGAUCAAUGUAGGGGGAAGCAAUCUGGAAAUAGUCCUGGAUUUGGAAUACAUUUAGUUGCUGAAACAACUGAGGGAGUUCAUUAUUCAGCAGAACAGGUUUCCAAUGUUGUAGCAAAUAAUGAAGAUCCUUCCGUACCAGAAGACCUAGGAAUAGCUGCAGCGCAGCGAUUAUUAUACGAGAUAUAUCUGGGCGGCGUGGUAGAUUCUACGUCUCAGUCAUUAGCUAUUUUAUGUAUGGCAUUGGGAGAUAAAGACGUCUCUAAACUAGUAACCGGUCCUUUAUCCGAGUAUUCAAUAUGGUUUUUGAGACAUUUGAAAGACUUUUUUGGAGUUACCUUUAAAUUAGAACCGUUCGAAGAAGACGAAUCUAGUAGUGGCCAGGGAUCAUCAAAAGUGUUACUUACUAGUAUAGGAAUUGGGUAUACGAAUAUAAGCAAAAGAACUAUGUAAUAUAAUAAUGUUUGUUUUUAAA